AAGAAAAACAGCUCAAGUUUCAUUUACUUGAAACCAAGUUACAGACACCAAAGCAGUAGGUAUGACACGACAAGAGGCUGCUGUGCAGUGGGGCAGACCGCUGCUCCCUGUGAGGCCACCUGCCUGGAUGCGCCGGUCCAGGCACACUCGAACUGGGCCCCGCGGGGGCGCGGUCCUGCCUCCAGAGGGCGCCGCCGCCCGGGGAGGGGAAUCGAGAGAGCAUCCGUUAGCCCCAGAGGCCGCCCAGCUCCCCGCUUCCGGUCUCUAUGGUCGCCUCCACUCCUGGCGCGUCCACUCUACCCCGUAGCCGCCGCUCGCUGGCCCUGGACUCCCCCACCCACAGGUUCUCUCACCCCCGCCCCGCACACCGGAAGUGGCUUUUCACUCGUUAGCCGCGGCGGGAAGCGGUUCGGGGAUGCGGAGACGAGAGCCCAGCAGGUUCCGGAGAGACCCUGGGAGGUCUUACAAGAAGCACAUCCUUGUUUAUGAACUCCCUUGAAGGCCCUCUGCUCAAAGCGAUUGCUUGUGAUAUGGAUACCACUCCUCAGGCCUAAGCAGCCAUAUACAUCUCUGAUGUGUGUCUACUCUCCAGCAAGUCCUGAAGCUGCCUUCUGAACACUUUUCUAUUUGUUUUCACUGACGUGUGCCCCUGAAACCUCCUCUCAGCCUGCCAGAGCAACAAUGGCUGAAGCUGUCCACUACAUCCACCUGCAGAACUUCAGCAAGUCCCUGUUGGAGACACUGAAUGGGCAGCGCCUGGGCGGGCACUUCUGUGAUGUGACAGUGCACAUCCAUGAGGCUACGCUCCGGGCCCACCGCUGUGUGCUGGCUGCUGGCAGCCCCUUUUUCCAUGACAAGCUGCUGUUGGGCUACUCAGAAAUAGAGGUGCCCCCUGUGGUACCCAGCCAGGUGGUGCAGCAGCUGGUGGAGUUUAUGUACAGUGGCUCCCUGGUGGUGGCCCAGUCUGAGGCCCUGCAGAUCCUCACAGCCGCCUCCAUCCUCCAGAUAAAGACAGUUAUUGAUGAAUGCACCCAGAUCAUCUCACAGAGCCGUAGCCCAAAACCCCCUCCUGCUGCCCCCUCCAUGUCUCUCGCUAUGCCCAGGGUGCCAACUGCCAAAUCCCAGGAGCAGUCCAAGGAUAGCCCAGGCACUGUGGCUCUCCUGCGUGAUUCUUGCCCCUCCUCCUCCCGACCCAAUGAGAUGGAGCCUCCUGGGGCUCCCCAGCUGGAAGCCCCUAAGCUGCUCUGUGCCUCUGAAGUGCGCUACAAACUUCGUGACCUGCUCUCCUCUCAGCAGAGGCAGCUGGGGGAAGGCAGGGAGCGGCCAGCCUCAGAGGGAGAGCUGGCAGCAGCUGGCAGCGAUGGGGAAGGUCCAUAUGUGGGCCUUCAUCCCUCUGAGGUGCAGCCCAGCUGUCACAGCCGCAAACAGCGCCAGCCAGUGAGGCUGCAACUCUCAGACACACUACCCGUCAUCAUCAAGGAUGAAGAGGAAGAGGACAAUGAGGAAGAAGAGGAAGCUGGGGGCAACAAGCUGAGCUGCUUCAGUGAGUGUGGUGGUGGCGGGGCAUUUCCCAGCUGUGGCGAGGCCAAAAUGCGCAGUGCCGAGGACCCUGGGGGUGGGGGUGGGGGCACAGCCAGGAAGGACAGUGUCCAGUUGGACUACACCCCUGUUGAGGGGCAGGACUUCUUCAGCGGUCAGGAUGUCUUCUCCGAGUCAUUCAUCCCAACCUGGCAGAGUGAGGAUGGCAGCGAGGGGGCAGCAGCAGCUUCACGGGAUGGUGAGAAGUUUCACUCUGACUGCAGCCUUGAGGCCUCCAACAUGAGGACCCUGGCAGGAGAUUUUAAGCCAGCCCCUGCAGGCUUCACAGCCCGGGCCCCUGAACCCCGCAGCAUGGCCUUUGUCUCUGGCUUGGGCAUCCAGCGGGAGCUGAAGGCCGAGGUCAGUGUGGCUGCUGCAGCAGGGGCAGGGCCCAGCACCACCACCACAAGCAUCUUCCAGUUCCACCUGCCACAACCAGGUGUGGCCCAAAGCUUCUACAGUGUCCAGCCAGAAACGGGUGCUGCCAACAGCAUGGUGCAACUGAGCCCAGGCACCAUGGUAACAGGGACCCUACACAGUGACCAGGCCCAGCGUCCCGGGCCUUCACGCUGCCCUGAGCCCUCGUACCAGUGCAGCCACUGCCAGAAAACCUUCAGCUCCCGCAAGAACUACACCAAGCACAUGUUCAUCCAUUCAGGUGAGAAACCCCACCAGUGCUCUAUCUGCUGGCGUUCCUUCUCACUGCGGGACUACUUGCUGAAGCACAUGGUGACGCACACAGGUGUCAGGGCCUUCCAGUGCUCCAUUUGCUGCAAGCGCUUCACUCAGAAGAGCUCCUUGAAUGUCCACAUGCGCACACACCGCCCUGAACGCUUCCAGUGCUGCAUUUGCAACAAGUACUUCUCCCACCGCACCCUGCUAGAGCGCCAUGUAGCCACACACACAGCCUGGAAGGGGGGAGAGGCUGAUGGGGCCAGUGGGACCGUGACCUGGAAGGAGAAGCCUGAUACAGGAGAGGGUGCUGUUGUGGCCACCUGGAAGGGGGACCCAGCUGCUGAGGGCACGAUCCCCAGCCACACAGCAUGGAAGGGGGAUCCCACUGCCACAGAAGGCACCAUGGCUGCCCACCCAACAUGGAAAGGAGACCCAGGUGCAGAAGGUGCCAUCACAGCCUGGAAGGGGGACUCUGCCACAGAAAGCCCUCUCCCCACCCACCCAGCCUGGAAGGGAGACCCUUCUGGAGAUGGGUCCAUUCCAACUCACACAGCCUAAGGAGAAGGGCCCAGCAGUGCUGGGAAUUUGCCAGGGGGAGACUCUGCUGACCACCUACCAACCAAACUAGCCUGGGAGGGAGCCUGACAACCCUCUGGAAGGAAAAGACUUCCUAGACCUGGUCCAGGGAGGUGUUUGGGGCACCAGGUAUCCACAUCCUUUGCACCUGAUAGAUGCAUUCUGGCCAGCAGGCUUGGGGGCCAUCCUCCUCUUAUCUCUAAAGGAGGGUGCUUCUUCUGUGGGCUCAGCCUCCUUGCAAGUUUCCAGAGAUGCCCGCUGAGUGCCCUCAUGAGCCUCUAAUUCAGCCUUGAUAGGGUUGCCCCCUAUCAGGAGCCUUACUGUCACCCCUAGUAGAAAGUCUCUCCAAACCAUGACUGCAGAACCAUUGGGACACCUUAAUCAGGAGCCAUCUCAGGUCCCUGGAGUGAGCAUGGAGUGAGGGCUCACUGGAGUGAGAAUGGAACUAGGCACAUGGCAGGUAGUAAAUCUCAUCCCUCCAGCAGCUCCUGGUUUAUUGGAGGAGUUCAGAGGCAGACAUGAGGCAGCAUUCCAGCUAUUCCUUGGCCAUAAAACCCACCACUCACUCUGCAUAUGGUCCUUCUAUCAACCAAUAACUAUAUGGCUGUAAGGUUGCAAAAUGUUGACAUAAAACAGAUGCCUGCCCAAGUCUGCAGCCAGCCUAAAAUUGGCUGCAGAAGGAGCAUGAACUGCGCCAUUCAUUAUUCCAGGUUAUUCACUCUGAAACUUUUUGGUAACUGCUUAAAUGGUGACAUCAUUAACUACCACGCUGUUGGUAUUGUCAGCAAUGCCCACCUCAUGCUUGUCCCAUGAGCUCAAACUGUCCCUCCAGCUCCCAGAUCUCCCAGUUUCCCUGCCCCUUCCCCCCCUAACAGCACGUACAAAUCAAUUCAUUGCCAUUCAGCUGAAGUGCAGGGGCAUACAAAGAGAUUUAAGGGCAGAAUAAAUAGUGUUUAAUAUCAAAUAAUAAAACACAGAAUAGCAUUCUGAUUGUGUAUAUUAAAGGGUUGCUAGUGACUGCUCUGUCCAAAGGUGUUCUAACCAUGAGUGACACCUGGGAAUGCUUACAUGGAAGGAGAUGAGAGGAGCACAGGAUCACUGCUUCUGGCUCUUCAGGUCCAGUCUCCUGCUGUCAUAAGCACUGUGUCAUAUGAGCCUGCUCAUAAAUUUAACAAGGUCCACCUUAAAAGAAUGGUUAGGUUUUUCCCUUCAACAGAUUGCAAGGCAGCUCCCUGCUCCAGGAGUUGGAAGCCUUCUUCACAGUUCCAAUACAGAAAUGUAGUCAUGCCCAAUUCAUCCCAUCCAUGCUGGUGCCAGCAUUGCGCUUUGGCUCCAAUGGCCUUUGUCAUUCCCUGGUGUUUGCCUCCAAUGUAUUUGGGGAGAACAGUCUCUCUCUUUGUUUUGCCAGAUGGAAUAAGUCAAAUUCCUCUAGUCUCCUCUCAGAAAAUCAACUCUCCAUUCCUCUGGUCAUCCUAGGAGCCCCACUGUGAAUCUGCUCUUGGAUUAAAUAUUUCCUGAACGGGGGUGACUUGGAUCAUUGUGUUCUAGUGCGGGUACCAACAGGAUUUGCUGUUGUUUCCUCUGAGUUCCUUCCAUGGUAGUCACACACUGGGUGGUAUCAAGAUCCCAGUGUUGCUGCCAGUGCAUUUCAGUUCCUGCCUUUGCAUUCACAUGACGACCUAUCUCCCACACCACUCUGGACAAGGUCUGGUCAGUCUGCUGUACUCGGACUGUGGAAGGAGAUGUCUCCCCACAAAUUCAUACAGUCUGCCUAGAUGCUACAGAAGGACAUUGGCAAAGUUGCUACAGGUUUGAGGGCUGGCAGUGUGGCCCCUCUACCCUAGAAAUGUAAAGCCAUGGAGACCCUUUCUGACCCCUAGGUUGAGGUUCACCUGGCAGCCCCUACCUUGCCUCAUGUUUGCAUCUAUAAAAACAAGGUGGAGGGGUUGAGGAGGAAGUGAUCUGCUGGGCAGACAAGGCCAGGUGGAUGAGGGGCAUCCUCCAGCAGGAGACUGAAGAGACCUGCCAGCUCAGGAGAGGCAAAAGAUGAGUGGAAAACAGCAGAAGAGGAUUCCCACUGAGGAAAAGAAACAAUUUCCUAUGUUUGAAAUUUGUGUUCUCAGCUGUCUCUCAACUCUUCCCUGCUGAAGAAACCUGCAUGAACAUCAGCUGGAGAGCACUCUCCACACACAAAGGUGCAGGCCAAGAACUAGACACUGGAAUACACUGUUGCCACUAAACUGAGUGUCACAGCUCUUUCCAUGACCACUGCCCCUCUUAAGAUUACCUGGGGCAGGGUUGUACUUCUUGGAAAUAUGAGGGUUGGAGGCAGUGUGUUCUCAUUUUUUUGGAGCCCAAGUCAUUUGUGUUUGGGAAGAUGGGGUGGUCUUUUAAGGGCAAGAUGAGUGAAAAUAGAUUCCAGUAGGGUUUGGGGUUACAAAGCAAGGAACGUUUAGCUACCUGUCACACCUUCCCAUGCUCCAGGUCCUUUUCCCAGCAAAAGGAACUGACAGGGAGCUGGCCAGCCCCUUCACAUCUACCUUCUGCUUUCUCCAUUCACACAUCUGCUCCCUUGGAAGGGCACUGGACACGCCCAUGAGCUGUGGAGCUGGAGGGGAUCACAAGCACUGAAUGUACAAAUGAGAAGAAUCCAAACAUGGCUCGUGGGUGCUCAUCGGAGCAAAGCCAGUCUUUCUAGUCCUGUCUCUGGCAAGUAUCGGGGCUCGGUAGUCAGUAAAAUGCUGCUUCAUCCUAUGUCUUGUGUGUUCUUGCUCAGGUCUUGCCCAUGUGUUGAAGGUGAUUUUUGUUUUUAACCAGUGGUUUUUUUUUUUAAUCUGUAUAAAACCUUGUAGGGAUUUCAUGGAUCAAAAGUCUGCCCUGGGCCUUAAUAACCCAUCAGGCUAGCAUGGUUAAGACUCCAGUUUCUGUAACCAAAAGCUCACAAGGAAGGAAUAUGGUUGUCAUCAUAUCCAACUGAGUUUAACUCUCCAGCUGAAAUGACUGGAUACUUGUUCACAGGGUGGUUGAAAGGGCCAGCCUUUAGCACAAGUCUAGUGCUGAAUACUGGUAUAUGGUUCUGGCCAAAUGCCUUCACUGCUUGUCCACCAAACCCUCAAGGACGGAGGGCAAAAUUUUCAUGAAUGCUUAUGAAACUUCUAAGUAGAUCAUGUUAUUACGAUUUACUGAAUGUUCUAAUCACUCCCCCCGCAAUAUUGUUUCAUGUUAACAUACAAUUUUUUUUUGGUCAAAUUGCAAAGGCAAAGAAAAAAAUGGGAUUUUGGGAAUCAAACAAAAUAUUUUCUUUGACCUGAACUAAAAAAGCUUUUGUCUCUCUCUACCUAGAGAAAUUGUGGACUCUCCAUCUUUGGAAAUUUUGAGCAGAUUGGACAUACAUUAGUUAGGGAUCUUGCCUUGAGCAGGGGGCUGGACUAAAUGACCUCAUGGGCCGCAUCCAGAGGAACGUGGCUGUAUGGUAUGUGGUGCCACAAACAUGACUGUGGUGCCACAUACCACGCAUUCAGAUGUUCUCCACGCUGCAAAGUGCUGCCUGUACAUGUGCUGCUCCACAUUUUUUUCCAUGGUUUUUUUUUUUUA